AUGCGGGACGAGGAAAAGGUUCCCGCUCCUUACUUUCAGGAUGACGAAGAGGGAGAGCCAUCAGAUCAAGGUGAGGGUGUCGACCUCAUGAGGUCCGAUGGCGACCUCGUCGGCUCUGGAGGCGAGGACAGCAGUGACGAAGAGGAAGAUGACGACCCAGAAGAAGCCAGACGUAUUGCCAAAGGCUUCAUCGCCGAAGAUGACGAGGAAGAAGAGGAAGACGAAGAAGCACGGAGAGAACGCAGGAGGCGCAGAAAGAAGAAGAGAAAGCAGAACGAGGAGGACUUCGAAGUCGAUCAGGACGAUCUCGAGCUGCUUGCAGAAAACACAGGCCAGUCUCGGCGCAAAGAGGCCGGAAGACUGAAACGAUUCCGCCGAGGGUCCGCAUCUCCACCUGCCGACGAUGAAGCCGCUGCAAGACAAAAGACUCUCGAUCAGAUUUUCGAAGACGAUGACGAUGAGGACGACGACGAUGACAUCCGCUCCGGACGUCGAGCAAACUACGACGACGACGAUGAAGAUCUACCACCUGUCGGCCAAGCACUCCGAGCCGGUGUAGCUCGCAAGCAGCGCGAGGCUCUCGGAGGCUACGAGGAUGACGGUCUUGAUGACUUUAUCGAGGAAGAUGAAGAUGACGACGAGAUGCAGGGUCUCGACGAGGAAGAGCGAGAAGCCAGACGUCAGGAGCGACGCGAGCAGAAGCGCAGAGCACGCAUGUCCGGAUCCGCGGCUGACCCAGCCAAGGCCGGUAUUGACCGAGAAGCAUGGGACGAGAUCCAUGAGAUCUUCGGUAACGGUGAAGACUACUUCUGGGCCCUCGAGGACGAAGAAGAAGACGCAUUCGAAGAGGAGAAGAAGAACAAGAUGGAAUACAAGGACAUCUUCGAGCCUGCACAGAUUGCAGAGCGCAUGUUGACCGAAGAGGACGAACGCAUCAAGCGCAUCGAUAUCCCCGAACGUCUUCAGCUCGCUUGUCCAGGCGAAGAAGGUCUCAAGUUGCUCCAACGCAAGCUCACCGACGCAGAGCUCUUCGAAGCCGCCAAAUGGGCCUCCACUCGCAUCUCCUCAAGGACGUCCGCCGAGUUCCUCGACGACGCCGGUCUCUUCUUCCGUUUCCGUGCCGAGUUCAUCAAGGCUGUCCAGCUCAUGCUCUCUUACAUGCUCAACGAUCUUCUCGAAGUCCCUUUCCUCUUCCAGCACCGAUUCGACGAACUCGAGCACGUUACCUUCGAUGAAGUUGAGCGACAGUACCGCAACAUCGACCUUCUCACACGUCGAGAGCUCUACACCCUCAGUGGUCUCGGCCUUAAGUUUAAGACGCUACUCAUCCGCAAAGAUCAGCUUCGAGCUACCUUUAACAAGAUUCACGUAGACAUCAAGACCGAGCCCGGUGAGGACAACGCCACAGCUGAUGCAGAGUCAAAAGACCCAGCUCAGGAAGAGAAGAUUGAGUCUGCCCGCCAGCAGAGGGCCAUCUUCGAGGACAUGCUUGUGCAAGCAGCCAGUCUCGAGGAGAUCUCCGACAUCACUGAAUGGCUGACAUUGCGUUACGGCCAGAAGAUGCGCGACGCACAAACACUCCAGAGCACCAACGGCACAGAUGAAGCAGCAGAGGACAUGGAAGGUCUCACCAUCAACGGCGAACCUGUAGUCAGUGCAACACCUGGCUUCAAGAAGCCAAGUCUUGUCGGCCAGUACGAGCGCACCAAGAACACGGUCCUCUCGGAGCUCGCCAAGAAGUUCGGCAUCUCGUCCGAUGAGCUUGCCGCCAACAUCUCGAGCCCUGCUCGUCAAUACUCGCCCAAAGAUCCCGAAGAGUCGCCCUUCAAGUUUGCUGAGCAGUUCGCUGGUGCGGCAUGGGGAGCACAGUCGCCAGAGAUUGCUCUCGCCAAGGCCAAAUUGAUGCUCAGUCAGGAGAUCGGCAAAGAUCCCAUCCUCAAGCGAGAGUUGCGUCAGCUAUUCAAGGACGCCGCCGAGAUCAACAUCGAGCCUACCGAGCGUGGUAUGACUGUCAUUGACGACCAGCAUCCAUAUGCCAACUUCAAGUUCAUCCUCAAUAAGCCUGCGCGUCUUUUACCUCAGCAACCCGCACAGUACUUGCAGAUGCUCCAAGCUGAGGAUGAGUUACUCAUCAAGCUCGACAUUGGUUUGAAGGACGUAGUGCUCUCGCGCUUCGAGAACCGUCUCCACAGCAACUAUGCUAGCGAAGGUGUUAGCGAGGUCAGCAAAGCUUGGAACGACCAGAGACGCGAGGUAAUCAAAGAGGCGCUCAAGUCGCAUCUCGUCCCCAAUGCACGACUUUGGCUAAAGGAAUGGCUUCGUGAAGAGUCGCGCGAGAUGCUGCUGCGACACUGCGAUGUGCUCAUGACCAAGCGUGCCCAGGAUGGUCCUUUCAUGUCAAGAAGCAUGAUGGCGAGGAAUCGGGAUCCCAAGAUCGAGGAGGAAGAUCGCAUCCCACGUGUUCUUGCUGUCUCGCACGGUGGUGGUGACCCGAGGAAGGAUGUCGUUCAGGCAGUCUACCUUGACGAGCGAGGGCGAUUGCGUGAGCAUGCCACGUUCGAUGACCUUCGCCCGCUGGGUCUUCGUCAGAUUCAGGAGCGCGAGCUCGAGAUGGAACGCACAAGAGGCAAAGCAGAGUUUGUCGACCACCGCGCCGACUUUGUCAAGCUGCUCAAGCAACGUAAGCCAGAUGUUGUUGUCGUCAGUGGAUGGAGCGUCCGUACAGCCGAGCUCAAGAGACAUGUUAGGGAGCUUGUUGACAUGGCUCACCAGGAGAUCUGCGACGAAGAUCAAUUGGACAGCGACCUUGAACGCGAUCAGGCACUCAUCGAUGUCGUCACCUGCCACGAUGAUGUAGCACGCAUCUACCAACACAGCAGUCGUGCAGCCGAGGAGUUCCCCGAGCUUCAGGAGUUGGGUCGCUACUGCCUUGCCCUAGCACGAUAUGCCCAAUCGCCAGUCAACGAAUUUGCCGCGCUCGGCAACGACUUGACCGCUGUCAUCUUGGACCCCAAUCAGCGAUUGCUGCCACAGGAACGCCUUCGUCUUCACUUCGAGCGUUGCAUCGGUGCCGUCGUCAACGAUAUUGGUGUCGAGAUCAACCAGGCCAUGUCGAGCCCAUACACCCAGACGAUGCUUCCCUUUAUUGCCGGUCUUGGUCCAAGAAAGGCACACGCGCUAGUCAACGCCAUCAGCACGAAGCUCGAAGGUACACUCAUCAACCGUACGCUGCUCAUUACUCGGAACAUUUUGACUUUCCAAGUCUUUCAGAACUGCGCCUCAUUCCUUCGUAUCGAGCAAGACAUGUUGCUGGAAGCCGACGAGGACGAUGUACCCGAUGUACUGGACAGCACCCGUAUCCAUCCCGAAGACUACGACUUCCCACGCAAGAUGGCCGCCGACGCACUCAACAAGCACGAAGAGGAUCUUGAAGGCGAACACCCAAGUUUGCCAUGCAAGGAGUUGAUGGAGGAUCCUGAUCCGGAGGACAAGCUCAACACUUUGGACCUUGAUAACUACGCACAGAUGCUGUACGAGCGCAAGGGUGAACGCAAGCGUGCCACACUCCACUCUUGCCGAGCCGAGCUCAUCAAGCCUUACGAUGAUCUGCGCGAGAAGCAGCGCGAGCCUAGUCCGGAAGAGAUCCUGACCAUGUUCACAGGCGAGACUCCCAAGACUUUGGCAGAAGGCUUCGUGGUUUCGGUCGAAGUCUUGCGCGUGCAGGAGGGUAACCGUCAACAGGAAGGUCAUGUUCGAGCACGUCUUGAUUCGGGCAUUGAAGGCACGAUCGAAGCUGAGUUCACCACCGACAACUACGCUCCUGGUUCGGUUCGAUUGCGGGACUUAAUACGACCUCAACAGACGCUGGAUGCACUAAUCAGGCAGAUCGAUCCCGAGACGUGCAGUGUCAAGCUCAGCAUCCGACCUUGGGAUCUGCAACACCGAGCGUCGCACCAAGGCAAGACACCUGUCGAUGGCAAGUUCUACGACCACCAAAAGGCCAGCAAGUGGAACGAGCAAGCUUCUGCCAAAGCAAAAGCACGUGUUCAAGCUCGUCGUCAAAAUCGUGUCAUCGACCAUCCCAACUAUCACAACUUCAACUACAAGCAAGCGGUUGUGUUCCUUCGCAACCAACCUCGUGGUUCGGUUGUGGUGCGUCCUAGCAGUAAGGGUGAUGACCAUCUUGCUGUUACCUGGAAGGUCGACGAUGACGUGUACCAGAACAUCGACGUUAUGGAGCUCGACAAGGAGAGCGAGUAUUCGCUUGGUCGAGUGCUGCGUAUCGAAGGCAUGGGUUCCUACUCGGAUCUGGACGAAUUGAUCGUUAACCACGUCAAACCAAUGGUGCAUAUGGUGGAGAUGAUGAUGAACCACGAAAAGUACAAGGGAGCAGAUGAGGAAGAUUUGCAUCGAUACCUCACCAACUGGUCGCUGGCUAAUCCUUCACGAUCAGUCUACGCUUUCGGUCUGAACAAAGAUCGACCGGGAUACUUCAAUCUUUCGUUCAAAGCGAACCGUGAUGCAGCUAUUCAGACUUGGCCAGUGAAGGUGUUGCCGAAUGCGUUCAAGUUGGGACCGGCUGACCAGUUGGCUGAUGUCGCGGCGUUGUGUAAUGCUUUCAAGACGCAGUAUACGACUCAGGCUAGUAUGGCAAGGGGAGCAAAGACGCCGUAUGGUGGAGGAAGGACUCCUGCGCCUGGAAUGGGUGGAGCUACGCCGUUGGGUGGAAGAACGCCUUAUGGUGCCGGUGGGAUUAGGAAUGGUGGUGCAACGCCAAGUAUGGGCGGCGCAGCAGCAAUAGGGCUGGGGUAUGGGACGCCGUUGGUGAAUGUCGCUUCUGCUACAUCGAAUCCUUAUGGAGGUGGGUACGGUGGUGGAAGGGGUGGAUACGGUGCACCUCCCCCGCCGGGUAGACCUCCUUCGAUGCCGGGUGCCCCUCCUAUGAUGCCUCCUGGUAUGAUGCCUCCUGGUAUGAUGUACGGGGCAGGUGCAGGAGAACCUGGUCCACCGCCUAGUAGGCUGCAGGUACCACAUGGGAUGCAUCCGGAUCGAUAUGCUCAGGCUGAAUAUGGAGGUUCUGGUGCUGGUCAAGGACAAUACGGUGGUCAGGGUGGAGUUUAUCGUGGGCCUUACUAA